AUGGGUCUUUGUUCAGCCUUGUUGGCACUCACCUAUUGGGCAGUGGACCUUAUGCUUUGCGUGCUGCUGCUGAUGGUGUGCUAUGGCAAGACCGGGAUGUUGACAACGGUUUUGACGAUCAUCGACGAGAACAGCGAUCCAGCGACACAGCUGUUGGCGAAAUGCCCCAGCUGGACCAUUCAAAACUCGGAGCAGCUGCGAAGCCUAGACUGGACACAGUUCUUGGUGCUGGGAAUUCUCACCAUCAAAGUGUCCUUGUUCUUCGGCGCGGCGCUAAGCUUUGCCUUAUCCAUCACCGGUGGCAUGUGCCCAAGAACUCCUAAAAUCGUGGCACAUCGCUUGGCCAUGAUGUCCCUCUUCGUCUCGGGAACUGCCUUGCUCUUCUGCAUUAACGGCUUUGCUCUUGAAUGGAAGACUGACGGAAAUCCGUUUCAUCCAGGAACCAGUCCGCGGGAUAUCGAUUCGGAUUACUACUAUUCCAGCGUCUGCUCUGGCUACGGGGGCUGCAGUGGCUCCUACAGCGAUGUCGUUGCCUUGCACGACGACUGGUGUCCAACUGGCGUAUCACCCCUCCUCGCGGAGAGUAGCAGCCUUGCAUCGGCGGGGCUCAUCGUCUUUGGCGUUGAGCUGGUGUCCCUGCUGGCCUGCCUGGUGCGGGGCUGCCACACGGGGUGGAAGGGUAGAGUGGUGAUCACCUACCUGCUUGCAGCUCCUGCCAUCCUUGCUGCUUUGUUCGGCCUGGUUAUCGGUGGCAUCCAGUAUCCUGUCAGCAUGAUAUACAUUUUGGCGCACGCCAUUUGGCAAUACAUGCGGAUCCCCAUUAACCUCCUGGUGGGCGUUGACCAGAACAAGGUCGAUACCGACUUCAAACAACCCUCGGAUGAUGUAGUUCCAGGUGUGAUUGGCGCGAUGGUUGGUGACGGUGACGGUGGUGACGGCAGUGUGGCUGACGACAGCGGCUACAUGGGAUAUUAG